AGGUUCAUUUAAAGCCAGCCAUCCACGACGGGGAGCUUCACGAAUGUGCCAUACAGCUAUGAUCUGGGACACCGAGACACUGCCCGAACUAUCUGGUUCCCUUUGAUGCUUCGCAUCUUCGAUUCGUUCAUUUCGUCCGCCGUGGUCGUUACUCUUUAUUAGCCUUUUAUACCUCUACCUCUACUAUCGCUGCAGCCUUAUUAAAUAGUCAUCAUGAAUACUCGGCCGGUUAUAGAAAGUCCCCCCGAGCAUGCUGCUCUUUCUGUUACCUUCAACAGCGACGCAAGUCGGUUUGUGGUUGGACUAGAUUCGGGAUUUUGCAUCUUCCAUUCAAGCACGUCUCAGGUACAAACCGCAAGAGUUUUCAAUGCCGGCCUUGGUCUUGUCCAGAUGAUGGGAAAUGCCAAUUAUCUUGCUCUCGUCGGUGGCGGUCGCUCACCCAAGUUUCCACAGAACAAAGUCAUAGUAUGGGACGAUAGCAAGAGUAAAAUAGCCCUCGAGCUAGCUACUCUAACUGCUGUUCGCGGAGUUCAGAUCUCCAAGUCAAGGAUUGCUGUCGUCUUGCAGAACAGUGUGCGAGUUUACGCUUUCCAAAAACCACCAACGCCACUAGCCAGAUAUGAGACAGCAGACAACUUCCUUGGUCUUUGCUGUCUCACAGAGAAGUAUUUGGUUUUCCCUGGUAGGACCCCUGGUCAAGUCCAGGUUGUGCAACUGGCAACAGACAGUGUCAGCAUCAUCCCUGCGCAUUCUUCGAGUUUGAGGGCAUUACAGCUGAGUUCAGAUGGGGAACUACUUGCUACAGCAAGCGAAAAGGGCACCAUUGUUCGCAUCUUCUCCACAAAUAGCUGUGCGAAGCUUGCUGAACGACGGCGAGGUAGCGAGUUCGCUACCAUAUACUCCUUACGCUUCAGCCCAUCAGGGAACAUGCUUGCUUGCACCUCAGAUAAGGGGAGCUUACACAUCUUCGAUGUGCCUAACCCGCGCAAGCCUAGACCCAGCUCGCCGUCUCCGAGUAUUGGUGGAGGUAGCUCAAACGCCGAGGCCACGAACAAAUGGGGGUUCCUAAGCAACAUUCCAUUUGGACCAUUUUCCGAUGUUUAUUCAUUUACUUCGGCUCCAUUCGAGACCGGCGAAGAGCCGCUCCUGCCUAGCCCAGCUAGAGCUAUAGAAAGGGGUGAUAAUACAGUAUUAGGCACUAGUAGGCCAAUGAAGGGUGUCAUUGGAUGGAUAAAUGAGACGUCUCUUGCUGUCGUCGGCGCUGGCCAGGAUGCACGAUGGGAGAAGUUCGUGCUCAAAGAGGAAGAUGGCCGUACCGUGAUCGUCAGAGAAGGCUGGAAGCGAUACCUGGGGAAUUAGGAUGAACUCAAGGAAUAUUACGAGAACCACCCCGCUUUUAAGGUCGAAUUAUACGUGCCGGACCCAUUAAGUCGAGUAGGGCGAUAUUGAUUUGAAAUCGGGCCAGGAAUGGGAAAUCAGCACGGAGUAACAGGACU